CCUCUCUGCAAGACGCAUUUUGUAAUACGGAAGCGUGGGUUACUAGUCGAAAUGGCCGAGAUGGAAAUCGAGGAAUUCAUUGAACAAAACAGGCAUUUGGCCACGCUUGUAGAUACAUAUCGUGGCAUCUCAGAGAGUGAAAAACACUGGAAGGCCAGGAGGGAAUUCCUAUUUAGAAAUAUAAACGACUUUGAAGAACCACACAUUGACCAGCUGCUAGCAUUGUCCAUGGUAUGGGCCAACAACGUGUUUCUUGGCUGUCGAUACAGUCCAGACCUCCUGGAGAAAAUGAAGGAAAUGGCUGAAGGAAUUGUGGUGGAGGAUGCCCCUGUUUUCAAAACCAGAGAUGAGAUAAUGAAAAACCAGAAACGAUGAUUGGAGGACCUGGUCUGUUAUGGAUGGAUUACCUUACUGUCCAACUUUCCUUUUUCCAGAUGCAUAUGAUUUUUAAAUGUUGUUUUCUUAACAUGCAAGCUUAUUGUUUUUUAAUUAGGUAUUACAACAAACGUAACAUAAGCAAUAACUUUUGAAACAUUUUAUACAUUAAAAUAAUUGUAGUUGAUUGGCCUGCUUCAAUAUCUGAUGUACUUGACAAUGGCCAUUAUCUGAAUACCAUGAGUGAGAACAUGUUGCAAGAAUAAACAUUGUAAGGCCAGAAAUAUGCCAUAUGAUGAGUUACGAUUUUUACAUAAUCUCCUGAGAGCCGUGUACCUCACAUUCAAAUCAAGGGAGGGGUACAGAAAAGGGCUUUCCACGUGGUCUUCACACAUUCCUCAGUUCUCCCUAAUUAUCCCAGAGUGAACUAUCCUUGAUUCCAUGCCUUGCCUCCUCAGAACCUCAGAUCUUCUGCUCCAAUGUGCUUUCUGAAGUCUAUGCUGGUAUAUGGUGCUUGCUCACUGAGCAGUAAGGGAAACACUGCCCCCUGCCUGCCAGGGAUGAUCCAGACCAGUCUGCUCUACUACUAAAAUAUAAACGCAACAUGUAAAGUGUUGGUCCCAUGUUUUAUGAGCUGAAAUAAAAAAUCCCAGAAAUGUU